CUAUGCUUUUUCCUUAGUUAUCUAUCUUUGAAUUGUCGUCGUAGUUUUAUUAUUGUAUCUCAAAAAUGUAUAAAUAGAUAAGUAAUGAUUAGAAGAGAUCGAAAGGGCGUCUUAUUUGAGCCAUCCAUAGACUACAAUCUAAGAUACUUGCGGAAUUUCUUGUACUAACCAAUGAAUUCUUUCGCAGCCUUUUUCCGUAAAUGUUCCCAUCUAUUUUAUCUAGUCUUUGUACUUAGUGUUAUACAAUAAUAACAGAAUUUUAAAUUCUUUUUGUGCGUGACUAACAAAGAAAUGUGUAUAGUGGUCAACUCUACGUAACUAGAGAUUCUGCUAUGAACAUUUAUGGACCACUCGCUUCAAAAUAAAGUUGAGGUUCUCUCUCGCUUUCUCUCUAUAAAAAGCUUCUCUUUCUUCCCCAUAACUCUUCACACUUUACUUUCUUACAGAACAAGAACACAAAUAUCUUAAACUCAUGUCUGAAUGUGGCUACUUUUCAGCAACAACUAUGUUGAGAAUUUGUGUAGUCUUAAUAAUAUGUUUACAUAUGUGUUGUGCCUCGAGUGAUUGUACAAGCCACGAUGAUCCUGUGUCUCAAGACGAAGCAGAGAAAGCGACGAAGCUGAAGCUUGGUUCGAUCGCUUUACUUCUUGUGGCCGGAGGAGUCGGCGUGAGUCUACCGUUGAUCGGGAAAAGGAUUCCGGCGUUACAACCGGAAAACGAUAUCUUCUUCAUGGUGAAAGCUUUUGCUGCAGGGGUGAUCCUCUGCACAGGUUUCGUUCAUAUCUUACCAGACGCGUUCGAGAGAUUGAGCUCUCCAUGUCUCCAGGACACUACAGCUGGAAAGUUCCCGUUUGCGGGUUUCGUAGCGAUGCUGUCGGCGAUGGGGACUCUUAUGAUCGACACAUUCGCGACAGGGUAUUACAAGAGGCAGCAUUUUAACAGUAACAGUGGGAGCAAGCAAGUGAACGUAGUCGUAGACGAAGAAGAACAUGCGGGUCAUGUUCACGUUCACACGCACGCGAGUCACGGACACACACAUGGCUCGACCGAGUUGAUCAGAAAACGCAUAGUGUCACAGGUACUUGAGAUUGGGAUAGUUGUGCAUUCGGUUAUAAUAGGGAUAUCACUUGGAGCUUCACAGAGCAUAGACACCAUAAAGCCACUCAUGGCUGCACUCUCUUUCCAUCAGUUCUUUGAAGGUCUUGGCCUCGGUGGAUGCAUCUCCAUGGCGGAGAUGAAGUCGAAAUCGACAGUGAUAAUGGCGACAUUUUUCUCAGUGACAGCGCCACUUGGGAUAGGAAUAGGGUUGGGGAUGUCGAGUGGUUUUGGGUACAGGAAAGAGAGCAAAGAGGCAAUAAUGGUGGAAGGAAUGUUGAAUGCUGCAUCUGCUGGGAUACUCAUUUACAUGUCACUUGUUGAUCUUCUUGCUCCUGAUUUUAUGAAUCCAAGAUUGCAAUCCAAUCUCUGGCUUCACUUGGCCGCUUAUCUAUCUCUCGUCCUAGGCGCUGCUUCCAUGUCUCUCCUCGCCAUCUGGGCCUGAUUCUUGAGCUGCAACUAACAAACAAACAAACCAAAUGCCGCUCUUUUUUCUCGAAUCUGUAAUGGUGUGUCUAAUCUUGGAAUCAAUACUAUUCUAUUUUGAACACAAUGAUUGCCUUUGCUAGAUACAAACAAUAGUUAAA